UUUAAGUACCUGAUCUCAACUAACUGACACCCUUUUAUUUCAGUGAGGAUAGAUCCAAUGUUUAAAUGUCUAAAAGAAGAUUAUUUAAAAUAUACAUGUAUGAUCUUCUUAUAACUCUAAACCGAACCAAAUGUUUUGUCAUGUCUUGCAUAAUCUACACAAUUGAACCUCCUGUAUUAUCAACGUAUCUGUUAGUAAUGUGACUCGGUUUAGAAAUCGAUUUUACGCAGACCAUGGUGAACUGACAUUCAGCAAGAGCAGACGUUCAACACCUGGUGCACUACUCUGCCAUCUUGGGAAUAUUAGUUGUCAUGAUUUAUCGAAGUGAGGAUGGAUCCAAUAGUUAAACGUCUAAAAGAAGAUUAUUUAACAUGUGUGAUCUGCUUUGAACUCUAUAACGAACCAAAGGUUUUGUCAUGUCUUCACACAUUUUGUGAGGUGUGCUUGGAUACAUUGAUACAGAAGUCCUUAGAGAAAAAACAGCUGCUAUGUCCAAUAUGCCGGGAAAUAAUGCCAUUAACAGAACAAUCGGUGCCGGGUUUGAAAACGCACUUCGCAUAUAAAGAUAUGAUUGAAGAAAUAAUAAGAUCCAGAGGAUCGCCAUUGAAAGAAACAUGCUCUUUUUGCAUACUCCAUUCGAAAGAGGUAGAAGCAACGUACAAAUGUUUAACUUGCAUGGAUUUGCUGUGUGAGUUCUGUGCAAAAAACAGGCAUACAUAUACUAGACAAACCGCAAAUCAUAAAGCUGUUCACGUCAGGGACUACUUGACGGCAAAGCACAAAGAGCAAAUCAGUCAUGAGAUGCCCUGCGAUCAACAUCAAGAAAGAUUGCGCUUCUUUUGUCAACAGUGUUCCAUUCCAAUUUGUGGGGAGUGUGCUCUUGUGGAACACAGAUUCCAUGAUUAUGUAUCAUUUGCAGAGGCAAGAGACAUUGUUAAAGAGGAAUUGAAGAAAGUUUUACAAAUCUCGAAAGCAAAACAAGAAAAACGACAAGAAAUUCACACGACUCUGGUAUCUAAGUCGGAGGACAUAUCAACUAAUGAAUCGUUUUUAUUAGACAAAAUUGAUUCAACUUAUAGAGAAAUUGAAUCCAAGUUGAAGAAUCAUCGCCAAAUCGUUGAAGAAGAAAUAAAAAGAAAAUCUAGACAGGAAAGGAAAAACGUUGAUAAUAACAUUCAAGAAAAUUUAGAUAUGCAGGACAAUUUACAAUCAUCAGUCUUGUUUUGUGAAAACAUGCUUUGCAAAGGAAGUGAUACAGAGGUUGUUUUCUUCUUAGAAGAAAUGAAAUCGUGUUUGCUGAAAUGCCCAGAACCAAUGGAGAAAGAAGUUAACAUUUCGCUUCAACGUUUGAAAAUUGAUUUAGAUAGAGAAUAUAAUGUUUUUCAGUUGGAGGAUGUUGUCUUGGAUGGAAACACAUCUGGUGUAAUGACGAAAGAUGUAGACAUGCCUUUAGAAAUAGGCGUCAAAAACACAGUGUCAGAUGAAGCGAGUUUAAAAAACACAAAUGAAAUGAAAGAAAAAAAGGCAACCAAACAAUUGCUGACAGCACACAUUCCCAAAUGUUUGAAAAUGUAUGACCUAUAUGACAGAAAUAGCAUGGAAACACCAAGUUAUACUUGCAUCACAUGGAUUGACAAAACAUCAUUUGCUCUUGCAGAUGAGCACAACCAAACAGUUGUUCUUGUUACAACUAAUUCGAGAAAUCUUCGAACCCAUUCAGUAAAAGAUAUAAAGGCCAUUGCAAAAUUUGGUGAUUUUCUUGGGUGUAAAAUCCAAUCUGGUAAAGUAACCAUUUAUUCCUAUCCAGAUUUUAAGUUAGAAAGAACUUUCAACGGAGCGUACGCUUUAACUUCGCGGUCAUCAGAGUUGAUAUGGAUAACAAAAGACACAAUCGUAAUAUUCAACACAACUGAUAUUCAGGAAAUGAAAAUUUUAGACGAAAAUGGUCGGCGUUUUCAAUUUAUUAUGCCUCUUCAUGCAUGUUGUCUCCCCAAUGAAUCAUUUGCGAUCACAGACACACCUGCUAAAUGUUUGUACCUGCUUGAUAAGAAAGGUCAAAUUUCAUUAAGAUACGUGCAUUCAGGAGGCGUGGGUGCAGUUUCUUGUGAUCGACACAAUCGUAUUUAUAUGGCAUGUUAUGAAACAAAUGGCAUCUGCGUUAUCAACAUACAUGGAGAGUGCAUAAAAAACAUUUCCUUGACCUGUAUUCUACAGAACCCUAGGAGUAUAUCAGUACUCAGUGAGGAAGGAAUUCUUAUUUCUAGUAAAAAGAACGUAGUUCUGAUUGCACUAGAAGAAUGAAUUUUCAAACUUCAUAGGGAACACUUUUAUAAAUAUUGCUCUGAUCCAUAAACAGUUCUACAUACAUGUAGGAGAAAUUGUGUACGUAAUGUGAUUGUUGGCUUAUAUGCUUUGUAUUAAAUGUCAAAAACAAAAAACAAACAAAGCAAAAUCGGCAAACGAAACAAUUAAUCCCCUACUUUGAACUGUGUGACAACUGUUUCUCUAUAUAAUUUACUAUAUACAGUGACAUAAUCGUGAAUUAUUAUGAAGAAUAGAAUGUUUGUACGUGUUUAUGAACAAUAGACUUCAUCCCAAUUAAAGAAAGUUAAUCGCU